CACAAUCACAAAAAAAUUCAAAACAGAUUUUUGUUAGAGAAGGAACUGUUAUUAAUGGCGAUACGCACUCCAAACAAUUUCAAUCUCUUUGUCAUCUUAGUUUUAAUUGUUACAAUGCAAUUCAAAGCUGAAAGUAAACAAUGUUCGUUAAUUAAGAAUUAUUGUGAUGUUGUUGAUUGCCCUUCUCUUUGUAAGUCCGAAUUCAAGGAUGGUACGUCAUCGUGCUCUUUCUUCAACCUAUGCACAUGUUUUUUUGAAGGAGCUGUUGACCAAAAUUGCAACAUUGCCAUGGGAUUCUGCAAUGCUGAGUGCAAUGCCCUCUGUUGCAACCAAAAGUGUCAGCAAAAAUAUGGUAGGGAUUCAGUUGGAAUAUGUAAUGAAAGCAAAGGUGUGAGAUUGUGCAUUUGUUAUUACUAAGUUAUACUUUUUUUUUUUGACUCAACUGAGUUAUACCUUAAAUAAAAUGAAUAAAAAAUAAUAUUAUAUCUAUAA